UCUGUUAUUAAGGAUUAAUUGUUACUGGAGAUGUGUUUCAAGAAGGCCAUCCCCUUUUCCACUGCUAGGUGAAUGAAGUAGAAUUUUGCGUAUUAUAUCGUGGCUUAGUUUAUCAAGAAACGCCUUAAAAGUAGGCAUAAAAGGCAAGUUGUAAUAUAAAGCCAGAAAAAUCAUUACCACGUGAACUUGUGCUCUAUCUUAUUUAGCACAUCACUUUUGUCUCCUUUUCCAAUGUGUGAUUUGCGUAAGGUAUCAUGUGCACCUUUCUUUGAAAACUUACUUGCCUAGAAGCGUGUCAGUCCUUCACAUUGACCAACCCUCAUCAGCUCGCCCUCCGUCAAGGGCGUCUCAUGCACCCCCUCUUAGGGACUUAGAAUGUUCAAAGGUUUCAUUGUACUGCGAGAUCCGACUCCGUUUUGGCCCAACAGACCUUACAGAUUUGGUGCUUUGAACUACAUCAUUAUUGAGCCCAAAAGCAUGUACUAUGUGAAUUUGUGCUCUGUCUUGUAUAGCGCUUUACUUUUCCAUCCUUUUCUGAUGUGGAAUUUGCUUAAUAUGUAAUAUGCGCCCUUUAAUUUCUUUGUAAGUUUUCCAUGUUAGAAAUUCUGCAAGUCUUUCAUCUUGACCCGCCCUCUAUCAAGGGCGUCACAUUAUCUUCUUGGGGGCCGAAGGAGCCUAUAGAGGGAGUUAGACUAGUUAACAUGGGCUGCAAACUAGUAGGAUGCGGCUCUGCAGUACCAAGUCUGAAAGUUUCCAAUAAUGAUCUUGCAAAAAUUGUUGAUACUAGUGACGAAUGGAUAUCCGUUCGGACAGGAAUCCGUAACCGUAGAGUUCUUUCAGGAAAAGAGAAUUUAACGGAUUUGGCUGUAGAGGCUGCGCGGAAAGCUCUUGAGAUGGCAGAGGUUAAUCCUAAAGAUGUUGACCUAAUUUUGAUGUGUUCUUCAACUGGAGAUGACCUUUUUGGCAGUGCUCCGCUGGUCCAAAAAGCACUGGGCUGCAAUAGCAAUCCAUUGGCUUUUGAUAUUACGGCGGCUUGUAGCGGAUUCUUGUUGGGUUUGUUUUCUGCUUCUUGCUACAUCAAAGCUGCUGGUUUUAAGAAUGUACUUGUAAUUGGGGCUGAUGCUGUUUCUCGUUUCGUUGAUUGGACUGAUAGAGGCUCCUGUAUUCUCUUUGGUGAUGCUGCUGGUGCUGUACUUGUGCAGGCAUGUGAUAUCGGAGAAGAUGGUUUGUUUGGCUUCGACUUGCAUAGUGACGGUGAUGGUAAAAGGCACUUGAUAUCCACUUUCAAAGAGAAUGAAACAGAUCAUGUAUCAAGUAAAAAUCAUUCUGUGAGUAAUCUUCCACCCAAGGGCUCGUCUUAUUCGUGCCUCCAGAUGAACGGCAGAGAGAUUUUCAAGUUUGCUGUUCGCAUGGUGCCACAAUCAAUCGAAGCAGCUUUAGAGAAAGCUGGUUUAUCUGGCUCUGAUUUCGAUUGGUUGCUCCUCCAUCAGGCAAACCAAAGGAUUAUAGAUGGUGUAGCAACACGAUUAGAGGUGCCAUCAGAGAGGGUGAUAACAAAUGUGGCAAAUUAUGGGAAUACAAGUGCUGCAUCCAUUCCCUUAGCAUUGGAUGAAGCUGUUCGGAGUGGAAAAGUGCAGCCAGGCCAUGUCAUUGCUGCUGCUGGAUUUGGAGCUGGCCUUACAUGGGCUUCUGCAAUAUUCAGAUGGGGAUGAAUGUUUUGGCUCAGUAAAAGUUUACUCGCACUGAAUGUUUACACUGAAUUAAUGAAUGUAAAAUAUGUAUCUUUUAUAUACACCUUGAAAAUUUAACGGUGAUUAUGCAGUUUUCAAAUUGGGACACAAAUGGUAGUGAACCGGUUUGAAUGAACUCGUUUAAUUACACAUGUAAAUUUUGAAAAUUCAAAAAAUAUAUAUUUUGAAGA